UUAUCUUGUAUAGCCUCUGCUCUGCCCCAGUAGAUGGGAACCUUGAGGAAGAGGGAAUGGCUUCUGUACUGACAGCCAGGCCAGGAAAGGGUUCAUCAUGGGGGAAGCAUGGGCACUGAUGAUGGUGGUGUGGCAUUGUCCUGCAAUGGCAAUCGUAUUGUCAUGGGUCUGUUCACUCCUUUUGAGCUGCCCAUUUUAAGAAGCACAACGAUUGGAUGAAAAGAAGAAAGUAACUGCCUUUGUUGUGAAGAGAUCAGGCUGAUUGGUCAAAGGAAAUGGGAAUCAGUCACAUUCAAGGAUGUGGCUGUGGAAUUCACUUCAGAGGAGUGGGUACAAUUGAACCCAACUCAGAAAAAGUUGUAUAGAGAUGUGAUGCUGGAGAACUAUAGGAACUUGGUCUCUUUGGGAUUUGCAGUUUCCAAACCAGAUGUGAUCUACCAUUUGGAAAGAAAGGAAGCAUCUUGGAUGCCAAAGGCAGAUGUUCCAAGAAACAGCUGUCCAGAGAGCAGAGAAUUUUCUCAAGAUAAACCUCUCGAUUGUAAUGAAUAUGACUAUCAGAAGGCCUUCAGGAACAAGAAGCAUUGUGCUGUAUAUCAGAGACUACAUACUGGAGAUAAACCUUAUGAAUGUGCUGAAUGUGGGAAGGCCUUCAGGGAUAAGACACAACUUACAACCCAUCACACACUUCAUAGUGGAGAGAAACCUCAUGUAUGUAGUGAAUGUGGGAAGUCCUUCAGGUAUAGCGGAACACUAACAGCGCAUCAGAGAACUCAUACUGGAGAGAAACCUUAUGAAUGUAGUGAAUGUGGGAAGAUUUUUAAUAGGAAGUCAAAUCUUACUGUGCAUCAGAGAAUUCAUACUGGAGAGAAACCUUAUGAAUGUAGUGAAUGUGGGAUGGCAUUCCGGGAGAAGAAACAACUUACACAGCAUCAGAGAAUUCAUACUGGAGAGAAACCUUAUGGAUGUAGUGGAUGUGGAAAAGCCUUCAGGAAAAAGAUACAACUUACAGUGCAUUACAGAAUUCAUACUGGAGAGAAACCUUAUGAAUGUAGUGGAUGUGGAAAGGCCUUCAGCUAUUCGGGAGCACUAGCAGUACAUCAGAGAAUUCAUACUGGAGAGAAACCUUAUGAAUGUAGUGAAUGUGGGAAGGCCUUCAGGUAUAGAACACAACUUACUGUGCAUCAUAGACUUCAUACUGAAGAGAAUCCUCAUGAAUGUAGUGAAUGUGGGAAAGCCUUCAGGAGUAACUCACAACUUAGAGUGCAUCAGAGAAUUCAUACUGGAGAGAAACCUUGUGAAUGUGGUGAAUGUGGAAAGGCCUUCAGGAGGAAGGGACAUCUUACUGUGCAUCAGAGAAUUCAUGCUGGAGAGAAACCUUAUGAAUGCAGUAAAUGUGGAAAGGCCUUCAGGAGGAAGGACCAUCUUAGUAGUCAUCAGAGAAUUCAUGCUGGAGGGAUGUGAUGAAUGUGAAGAGACCCUCCUG